AUGUCACUUGAAAAGACGAGACAUCAUACAUAUUUUCCUUCUUUCUUGUCAGCAUGCGAUUUGAGCCUAACGGCGGACAGUGGGUCGUUUACUAGUCCGAACUACACAAACAACUACCCUGACAACAGCAACUGCACAUACAAGAUCUCUGUCACCCCGCCCAAAGUCGUCAGGCUUACGUUCGCAGACUUUAACACUGAGGAAGAUUAUGACUUCGUGUAUGUGUAUGACGGAGACACAGUUGAUCCUUCACAACAGAUAGCUAAGUUCCAUGGAGCAACCAUCCCCGAUCCCACGACCUCAAGUGGCAGCGUCAUGACUGUGCGAUUCACAUCCGAUGAGUAUGAAACAAGAAAGGGAUUUCAGGCCAACUAUGCAGCCGAAGAUAAAGUGUUUGCUCAGUGUGAAGUCGGCCAGUACCGGUGUGCUAACGGUGUAACCUGUAUAGACGCCUGGAGAAGGUGCGACGGAAACAAUGACUGCAGGGACCGUAGUGACGAGGAUGCGAGCAGUUGUGCGUGUCAAGACAUUCCAUCGUCGUUGACGAUAUGCAGGGGCCUUGAGUGGGGCUCAAAGAUGACACUCCCCAACCCACUGGACUACAGUCACAUCACGGUAGACAUGGUAACAAACUCGGCAGCAUUCACCGACCUCGAAAGCCUUGCCGAGUCUGAUUGCCACCCCCGUGUUAAAGAGCUCGUCUGUGCUACCAUUGUACCGCGCUGCGAGGCCAGUCCGAACCUCCGACAAAAGCUGCCCUGUCGUUCUUGGUGUGAAGAGGUGAAGUACUCCUGUAAUAAUGAGGACUCUUGGGCAGCUUUCCCCAACUGUGAGAUUUUCCCUUACACCAACUGCAACAACAUCAAGACUUCAAUGAAGGAUGGUGUGGAGUGCUUCGAUGGAAAUGGUGCAAAUUACAGAGGGAAUGAGUCCAGAGCUCCUAUAGCCGGAAUAGACUGUAGCGCAUGGAGCGAUGAGCAAGGCACCAUAGCGUAUUACCCCUGGGCAAACCUUGUUGGCAACAAAUGUCGUAACCCGGACGACUGGAAUAGACCAUGGUGCUACAAACCAGAUGGAUACGAGGAUUGUGACAUCGUGCCUUGUAACAUAAAGGGGUGCAAGGAUCCCGGAAAACCACAGUUUGGUCAGCGGUCUCCCAAGCUGAAGUUCUACUGGCCUGAUGACACAAUUACGUACACGUGUGAUACAGGUUACAAGUUCAAGAAAGACACUACGCCCAACAGGGCUCUAUGUGUGACUGAUGACGAAACAGGAGAAGUCGACUGGGAAACAGUAAAACCUGAAUGCGAAGUCGACCAAAAAUUCCAACUACAAAAGGACCUUCUGAGCGCAAAUGUCUACAACAAGGCGGUGUCUCCAACGACUAGUUUGAAUAUAAAGGCAUACGUCCUCAACGUCAUCAACUUGGAUGAAAAAGCGGAACAGAUAGUAACAUCCUUUAAAGCUGAAUACGCUUGGAAAGACGACCGACUGGAAUGGGAAACGAAACAAUAUGGAGGGUUGGAUCGUAUGUUCAUCCUAGAUGAUCAAGUCUGGAAGCCAACAUUGAUCCUGGAGAGAAAUGCUGACACAGGUUAUAGUGGCGGGUUUCCUCAGUCAGAGGUCAAGAUUUUGAACAACGGGGAGGUGACCUGGCCUAUUGAAUCACUGACCACGACGACCUGCAUUCUGGACCCCUUCCUCUUCCCACAGGACAACAUGACGUGUGCGGUGUGCUGGAGAGCUGGGGAAGAGUACGCAAUAGACUGUUCCAAUUCCACAACACACAAAGACAGCAACUUCCUGACCUGCCAGAACGACGAGGCCGACAUCGUCACGGGAGAGUGGAGUGGAAAAACUACUCUAUCAGCUAGAAACAACACGGCCUGUCUGACUCUUACGCUCAAGCGAGAUCCAACCUACCACUACUCCACAACCAUCUCUCCCUGCCUCAUCCUCAUCAUCCUCAUGAUCAUCACCUUCAUCAUGCCCAUCGACAAAGGUGACAGGAUCGGGUUCGGCGUCACCGUGCUGCUGUCCAUGGUGGUGUCGCUAGUCGUCGUUACAGGCUUCCUGCCUGUGUCCAGUACCCUGCCUUUCAUUGCCAUGCUGAUCAUUGUGUGCAUGGCUCUGAUGGCGCUCUUCAUGCUGACGACUCUUUUCAUCAUCAUCAUACACGACAAGAAGGGACCCGUCCCCAAAUGGGCGCGGACGAUCUUCUUGAAACACAUUGCAAGGGCCUUGCUGAUGGGAGACUUGACCAAGAAGCUGAAAAAGGAAGACCAAGCAAAAUACACAAAUGACAUCGAACGACACACAAAAGCGGACGGCCAAGACCCUGGUAUCGGAGGAGUCAACCCACCCCUGAACGUGAAGAAUGAGGUCGGAGCUACCCUUAUCGGAUUGAAGGGGAGCGUAGAUGAGUUGAAGGCCAGUGUUGAACAACUGUCCGGCAGCAUCGAUGCUAUGGCGAGUGGCGGUGAUGAUGAUGAAGAAGUUGGAGAGUACGCUCUGUUGGCUAAAGUGCUGGACAGGCUGAGUCUGGUCCUCUACAUCAUCGCCAUCGCUGUGGCCAUCCCGUGCACUCUGCUCAUUGGACGCCCAAAGAUCACCCCGAGUUAAGAAAAAAAUCAUAAGAUUUAACCAAUAGGUGAUCUUUGAUGACAGAUGAUGAAUGUUUUGUAACAAUGUGAAAACAACAUCUCUACUUUUACAGCAUUUGAUACACAUUUUACCACUGGUAGCUUCGACAUUUAGCAGCUGGAUAGAUAAUACCCAAUAUAUAUAUAUAUAUUCAGAGAAAGUUAACAUUUGAUGAUAUCACGCUGUAAUUUUUACCUUAGAUUGGCCUUUUACAAGGAUUCCAAAAGGUAUUGACAUUGAAAGAAACAUCAGACAAUUUAUGUUAUUAUAUCUGCCCUGGAAAAAAAUUAAUUUUGUUGGCAUUAAUACGCAAGUCUCUAAAAUUCAUACCGAGGAUAUUUAGCCUUUCAAUCUUUGGACAUUAAGGUUUAACACAGGUAUCUCAUCUAUACAGUUUCAUAUGAUAUAUAAUUUAGGCCAUAUGUUAUCAAGUAAUAAAGUGAUUACAGGUUACGUAUAUUUUACACCCUUUAAACAUUCGUUAGAUUCAUUAUAAGGACACUUUGUAAUAUAUGCAUUACUAUGUAGGGUGCAUUGAUUUCAUCUAUACAUCUUUAAGUAAUUUGCAUACUAUGUCAUAUGUUGUUGUAUGUUAUGCCAUACUACCUUUAAGUUACCUUUAUGCCAUGUUAUUGUUACUUUGGCUUCUGAUUCUAUGGGUUAUUUCGAAGGGAAAAUUUGGCUACUCUUAGAUUGCGUUAUGCUUUAUGCGUGUAUGCUUCGUUGCCAUGCAUUGCUUUGUCUCCUAAUGCAAUAUAUAUAAUAUGAUAUAAUAUAAUGUUUUGUAAAGUAAAGCAAUGUCACGCUGUCGUAUGCUAUAUUAAUACAAAAAAUAAAUAAAUAUUAUCUUAUUUUAUCUUAUAUCUUAUCACGUAAGAGGAGCUUAAUAUGUGACAAUGUGGUAGCUGAUACAUAUGCUUAAUAUAUACUCCGUUCUAGUUAAAUUGUUUUGUGUUAUGGUAUAUUCUAUUCUGCUAUAUUACCUGAUGUAUAUGCAACGUAACUUUAGUUUAUAUAGCGUUGUUUUCUGUCAUUUAAGCUGUUUUAAACCAGAUUCUGAGAAUAGACGAUCUUCCGGUUUUUGU